UUGCCCGGUGCCAACGAGUCUUGCCAGGUGCGGGUAGAAAGCGGCGUCAUGGCGACGUCCGGCCCAGCGCUCUGCCUCUUCGACGUGGAUGGGACCCUGACAGCCCCGCGGCAGAAAAUUACCAAAGAAAUGGAUGGCUUUCUACAAAACUUGAGGCAGAAGAUCAAAAUCGGAGUGGUAGGCGGGUCAGACUUUGAGAAAGUGCAGGAGCAGCUGGGAAAUGACGUGAUUGAAAAAUAUGAUUAUGUGUUUCCAGAAAAUGGCUUGGUAGCAUACAAAGAUGGGAAACUCAUGUGUAAACAGAAUAUUCAAGGUCACCUGGGUGAGGCCCUAAUCCAAGAUUUAAUCAACUACUGUCUCAGCUACAUUGCAAAAAUUAAACUCCCGAAGAAGAGGGGUACUUUCAUUGAAUUCCGAAAUGGGAUGUUAAACGUGUCCCCUAUUGGAAGGAGCUGUAGCCAAGAAGAACGCAUUGAGUUCUAUGAACUCGAUAAAAAAGAAAAUAUAAGACAAAAAUUUAUAGCAGAUCUACGGAAAGAGUUUGCAGGAAAAGGCCUCACGUUUUCCAUAGGAGGCCAGAUCAGCUUUGAUGUCUUCCCUGAUGGAUGGGACAAGAGAUAUUGCCUGAGACACCUGGAAAAUGAGGGUUAUAAGACCAUUUAUUUCUUUGGAGACAAAACCAUGCCAGGCGGCAACGACCACGAGAUCUUCACAGACCCGAGAACCGUGGGCUUCGCCGUGACGGCGCCCGAGGACACGCGCAGGAUCUGUGAGGAGCUGUUCUCCUGAUGGGGGAGGGAGGGGUCCUGGCUCGCGGCCCGAAAGGGUCAUUUGGGAGCUGAAGCCCGGGGCCCUCCCACACGUGCACACGCCUUCAGCCCCAGCCACCUGGUCACACGGGGUCUGGACCUCUAGCGCCUCAGGGAAAUCGCCCUCCUCCCCCAUGGCAGGAGCAGCCAGAAGGGAGGAGAAGAGACUCUUGGGGAAUGGCUCAAGGACUAACGCCAGCACAAGAGUCAUCCCCCACUCCCCAGUGCAAGACCCCAACUUCCCCGCCAUUCUAGGGAGAUGCAGGAGGAAUGUGCCUGGACCCUCCCUCUUUACAGUCCUCGUGAAGAGGUAAGGGGGGCGGUUAACGUUUGGACCCCUGUGUCAGCACCAAAAAGGAGGAUCUGGUGGUGAGAAAGGAAGGACAGGGCAUCUGCAGUGACCCAAGUUAGAAACGCUAACUGAAACGAAGCUCCCUCCGUGUGGCUGGACAGGGCCUCGGCCGUGGGGCAGCGUGGAGCUGGGACCGUGUGCACCGUCUGCCCAGCCCCUUCCUGUUGUCGAGGCCGACGCCUUCCCGGCCAUCAGGCCAGCUCCGUAUUCACUGCACCUCGAGUGGCCUGGCUGCUGUCCUGUAACUGUCAAGAAGGGUGGAAAUCAGAACCAGCGACCCGUGGAGAACUGGCGCUGGCAGAACGGUUGGUUCAGAGAAGCCAACUUGGGAGGCCGGACUUCAACAAAAGGACCUUCUCGUUGGACCUGGCCAGGCUUCCCAGAGGCGCUGGCCCUGGUGUCUCAGGGACGGGGAGAGCCUGGCUGGGGAACAGGAUCGGGAGCUGCGUGUCUCUGUAAGCGCGUCCACCCACCCGGACCCUCACCCAGACUUGGACCGGCAGCUGGGCCUGUACCCCUCACGCCCCCCUUCCACGCUCUGCAAGUCCUUCAGGAAACCGAAGGAAGUUCACGGGCCUUGUCCAGAACACAGUGAAGAGAGCUGUCCAAGGAAACGGUUCACAUGCUGCUUUCCAGGGUGUGGAAACCCUGGGGCCCCUGCACCCUCCGCAGCCUGGUGCCAGGGUGGCCUGGCCUCCACUGGGUGCUGACGACCUGAGCCCGCUACUCCACACCUCCCGCCGCCAGCCCGCAGCUGGGUCCCUCCAAACCGCGCGUCCACUCCGGACUGUCUGAGCUCACUCGGGGACAGGCAGGGAGAAAGCAAGAAGCUCCUCAUCUCGGUGAUCCCUAAGACGGGGCCGUCCGGUGGCAUCUUCCCUUGUUGAAUGUUGCAAAUGAUACUGUAACGACCUUUCCAGAUGAAAGGUAGCACAUUAAAGAUAUUUUAUUU